AUGUUUGCAUUGAACUGUGCAAGAAAAAAGAACUUUACAUUCGAUCUCUCCAAGGUGUCGUUACCAAGAAUUAUUGAUAAGCUGACGCUAUGCGUGGACCCAAGAAAGUACACAAGUCCACAGUCUGCUCGUAUCACCAAGUUGGAUAAGCGCAAUCUCGACAAGAACAAGAAGUUGCCGUUUGAUGAAGAUGUGAUCUGCAUGCUCAACCUGUUCUUGAGUCGACAACAGGCACCGGUCUGUAUGGUUGCACACAACGGAUUGAGAUUUGACUUCGCGAUAUUGAGGUCAGAACUGUCGCAACUUACUACAGGUGAUCUACCUGCAGACCUUUAUUGCGUGGACUCCUUGAGCGGAUUCAGGGCUGGAUUUACGACCGAGAAGCAGGGGGAGAGGAAGCAAAGAGAGGGGAAGAACAAGCAGGAGCCUACAUGGAUGCCUAGUCCAGAACCAGACUUGUCACUGGAGCGAAAGUUGCCAGAUUGUGAUAACUCAACAGGAAUGGCAUUUCAGAAGUCACCGAAGAGAGGGUCGGGUGACUUAGGAUCUUACCCUUCAUCGAGUGUUAGUGGUGCCACUGUCCAUGAUUCUCCUAGGACCAUGCCCAGAAGUUGCAGUCAUGCAUCCGACAACCUCUUAACCCCGUACCCCCUCCUAUCACCAUCAAAACAACCCUUAAACCCAUAUACCGACCAGCUCAAAGAGAAAACUCCCAAAUCUCGCCAUCGCCACUCUUCUGCCGAUGUCACAACUCACGAAGUCAAGUGGAAAGUCGCCAGCCCGCCGUCGUCCCCUCCACAACUCAAGAAAUCACAUUCGGAGCCGUGCCACACUAAAGGCCAUUCAAAGCCCCAAAGAAUCUCUUACUCUCUUGUGAACAUCUUCAAGAGGACAUUUGGUACGGAUCCACCACAUUCUCAUUCUGCUGAAGGUGACGUGAUGUCUUUGAUCAAAGUAUUGCUUCCUAGGAUGUCUGAAUUUGUUUCUUGGGCUGACAAGCAUGCUACACCGUUCAAGAAUUGUAAGCUGUAUUACAACCCAGAGUGCCAGAUGCAAAACACUGACUUAUCAUAAUAUUAUAUAGUCUAAAUGGACGCCAAUGGACGGAAUUUCAUACCAGAUUAUGUUUUUAUCGAUAAAUUAAUUAGCUAAUUGUACAUUCUCAGUAUCGAAACUACGACUCUUUCAAGAAAAACCGGUUCUUAUUAAAAGGUUUUGCACAGUAGGGGGU